UUAACAUUAACUAAAUCACCUCUGGGCAGAGAAACAAAACCCUAUAUAUGCACAGCCCAGCAAAGAGCAGCACACAGCUGAAAGAAAAACUCAGAAGACAGAGCUGAAAAAGAAAACUGGUGAUGGAUCUCAUUCCAAACUUUGCCAUGGAAACAUGGGUUCUCGUGGCUACCAGCCUGGUACUCCUCUAUAUCUAUGGGACCCAUUCACAUAAACUUUUUAAGAAGCUGGGAAUUCCUGGGCCAACCCCUCUGCCUUUUCUGGGAACUAUUUUGUUCUACCUUAGGGGUCUUUGGAAAUUUGACAGAGAAUGUAAUGAAAAAUAUGGAGAAAUGUGGGGGCUGUAUGAGGGGCAACAGCCCAUGCUGGUCAUCAUGGAUCCCGACAUGAUCAAAACAGUGCUAGUGAAAGAAUGUUACUCUGUCUUCACAAACCGGAUGCCUUUAGGUCCAAUGGGAUUUCUGAAAAGUGCCUUAAGUUUUGCUGAAGAUGAAGAAUGGAAGAGAAUACGAACAUUGCUAUCUCCAGCUUUCACCAGUGUAAAAUUCAAGGAAAUGGUCCCCAUCAUUUCCCAGUGUGGAGAUAUGUUGGUGAGAAGCCUGAGGCAGGAAGCAGAGAACAGCAAGUCCAUCAACUUGAAAGAUUUCUUUGGGGCCUACACCAUGGAUGUAAUCACUGGCACAUUAUUUGGAGUGAACUUGGAUUCUCUCAACAACCCACAAGAUCCCUUUCUGAAAAAUAUGAAGAAGCUUUUAAAAUUGGAUUUUUUGGAUCCCUUUUUACUCUUAAUAUCACUCUUUCCAUUUCUUACCCCAGUUUUUGAAGCCCUAAAUAUCGGUUUGUUUCCAAAAGAUGUUACCCGUUUUUUAAAAAAUUCCAUUGAAAGGAUGAAAGAAAGUCGCCUCAAAGAUAAACAAAAGCACCGAGUAGAUUUCUUCCAACAGAUGAUUGACUCCCAGAAUUCCAAAGAAACAAAGUCCCAUAAAGCUCUGUCUGAUCUGGAGCUUGUGGCCCAGUCAAUUAUCAUCAUUUUUGCUGCCUAUGACACAACUAGCACCACUCUCCCCUUCAUUAUGUAUGAACUGGCCACUCACCCUGAUGUCCAGCAGAAACUGCAGGAGGAGAUUGACGCAGUUUUACCCAAUAAGGCACCUGUCACCUAUGAUGCCCUGGUACAGAUGGAAUACCUUGACAUGGUGGUGAAUGAAACGCUCAGAUUAUUCCCAGUUGUUAGUAGAGUUACGAGAGUCUGCAAGAAAGAUAUUGAAAUCAAUGGAGUCUUAAUUCCCAAAGGGUUAGCAGUGAUGGUUCCAAUCUAUGCUCUUCACCAUGACCCAAAGUACUGGACAGAGCCUGAGAAGUUCUGCCCUGAAAGGUUCAGUAAGAAGAACAAGGACAGCAUAGAUCCUUACAGAUACAUACCUUUUGGAGCUGGACCCCGAAACUGCAUUGGCAUGAGGUUUGCUCUCACAAACAUAAAACUUGCUGUCAUUAGAGCACUGCAGAACUUCUCCUUCAAACCUUGUAAAGAGACGCAGAUCCCACUGAAAUUAGACAAUCUACCAAUUCUUCAACCAGAAAAACCUAUUGUUCUAAAAGUGCACUUAAGAGAUGGGAUUACAAGUGGACCCUGACUUUCCCUAAGAGCUUCCACUUUGUUCAAGAAAGCUGUAUCCCAGAACACUAGACACUUCAAAUUGUUUUGUGAAUAAAACUCAGAAAUGAAGAUGAGCUUAACCUAGUGUACUGGGUGAAUAAUUAGAAAUUCUCUACAUUCAUUGAGCUCUCAUUGUCUGGGUAGAGUAUUACACAUUGCAUACUAUGAAUCAGGUGACAAACAAGAGCCAAAUAAGUACAGUCGUCUUCUCUACUUCUCAUAAGACUAUCUCCCCACCAUCUAUAGUUAGUACCCUCAAGUCCUCCUGAGCUGUGAUCAGAGAAUAAACAUUUCUCAACAAUUUUACCAACAAUUUUUAAUGAAAAGGAAAAUUAUAGUUGUGAUUCUCGUAGUGACAUUUAUAUUACAUGUUCUAUUUGUGAUAUUCUAUAAUAAGUAUUAUAUUGAGA